CCACAAGCGAUAAGCUUCUACGCAUCGAUAGUGCUAUCGAUAUACCCUAUACCUCGUGUUCGCUCGCAAACAAAGAAAAAGUGCAUUUUAAUUGCUGAUUAUUAAACAUUGCGACCAGAGGCAGUUGCAAAUAAUUACGUAUUUGAUAAAUUGCAAGGCAGAUUGCAAAGGCGCGCGUUGGAAGUUCUCGCAGUGUGUGCGUUUGUGGCACAAGUGCGUGGUGCGUGCGUCGGUGUUAGUGAGCGUGUGCGUCUGUGUGUAUAUAUUUGUAUUUGUAUUGCUAUUAACUAAUAAACAAUAACCUUCGGGGCCACGAAAACUGCCCCUCCGCUUGUUCCAACAAACCGAAACUAAAAUAAAAUCGUGCAGCACUGUCUGCCAGUUAGGGCUCUUUCCGUAUUCCGUACACCCAAAGAACCCGAAACCGUAGCAGCAGCAGCAGCAACAGCAACAAAUUAUCCAAGCAAAAGCCACAAAGGCAGAGCCAAAUUAUUGUGUGACGAAGCAUUAAGUUAAGCGACACCACGGCAGCGGCCACCAACAGCACACAAAUGGCGGACGUGAGCGAUCCCAGUGAGCUGUUCGACCUGGAGCUCCACGAGGACGACAAGGCGCACGACUCCGACGACGACAGGAUCGAGCUGGACGAUGUUGAUCUAGAACCGGAAUUGUGUAUUAAUCUUCACCAAGACACCGAGGGUCAGGAGACCAUACAGCUAUCCGAGGAGAAUGUCAAUCCGGGCAAAAUCAAACUGGGACCCAAGGACUUUGAGCUCAAGAAAGUCCUUGGCAAAGGUGGCUACGGCAAAGUAUUUCAGGUGCGCAAGACCGCUGGACGAGAUGCCAACAAAUACUUUGCCAUGAAGGUGCUCAAGAAGGCAUCGAUAGUGACGAACCAGAAGGACACAGCGCACACACGCGCCGAGCGCAACAUUCUGGAGGCCGUCAAGCAUCCCUUCAUAGUGGAGCUGGUCUAUGCCUUUCAAACAGAUGGAAAACUUUAUCUUAUACUUGAAUAUCUGAGCGGUGGCGAGCUGUUCAUGCAUUUGGAGCGCGAGGGCAUCUUUCUGGAGGAUACCACAUGCUUCUAUCUGAGCGAAAUCAUAUUGGCACUGGGCCAUCUACACAAACUGGGAAUCAUCUAUCGCGAUCUGAAGCCCGAAAACAUAUUGCUGGACGCACAGGGCCAUGUGAAGCUGACAGAUUUCGGCCUGUGCAAGGAGCACAUACAAGAGGGUAUUGUCACCCACACCUUCUGCGGCACAAUUGAGUACAUGGCACCUGAAAUCCUAACCAGAAGUGGCCAUGGCAAAGCCGUCGAUUGGUGGUCCCUGGGCGCCCUCAUGUUCGACAUGCUCACAGGAGUGCCGCCCUUUACCGCCGAGAACCGCAAGAAGACCAUCGAGACCAUUCUGAAAGCCAAGCUCAAUCUGCCAGCCUACCUCACACCCGAAGCCAGAGAUCUGGUGCGUCGCCUCAUGAAGCGCCAGGAGCCACAGCGCCUUGGAAGCGGGCCCGAAGACGCGGCGGCAGUCCAAAUACAUCCAUUCUUCAAGCACGUCAACUGGGACGAUGUCCUGGCCAGGCGUCUAGAACCGCCCAUAAAACCACUCCUGCGAAGCGAGGAUGAUGUCUCACAGUUUGACACGAGAUUCACAAGACAAAUUCCAGUGGAUUCACCGGAUGAUACAACGCUGAGCGAAAGUGCCAAUUUAAUUUUCCAAGGUUUCACCUACGUAGCGCCCUCGAUACUGGAGGACAUGCAUCGGGCAAAUCGCAUGCCGGCGCGCUCCCCUCGACGCACACCCCGACAGCAUCCGGACAGCAGCUUCCGCUUGCAGUUUCCGUCCGCCAGUGGGAUGGUGGGACCCAACGCCCACGGCCCCAUGGCCAUGCAGCGCUCCACGAUGUUCGCUCGGGCCACGCCGCCCCACCACAUGCAGCCGUUCGCACCGCGCCCAUCACCGGCGCAGGACGAGAUGAUGGAUGUGCAGCAGGGAUUGCCGAUGGUCUAGGUGGAGGUGGAGCAGGCGCCCAGCAGAACAUCCCAUCCCACCACAACUUCCCCCCUUCCCAUCAGAAAUUGACAGUUAGUACUAUGACGUAUAUGGAAAGUGGAUUUGGAUUCGGAUUCGGAUGCGGAUUCGGAGUAAGCAGGAGGACGAGCAGAAGGAGCAGUACGAGCAAGAGCACACAGCAUGGGUGUGCGUGGGGUGUUGUUUUUGUUAAAGAGAGCGCGCAAGGAUCGCGCUGUGAUUAGAAUGAUGAUAAGGAGGGACAAUGAGGCAAGGAGAGCGUUCUUUUUGGAUACUAACUACAUUUAGGUACUACUACUAAAGUCGGCGAGCUACACGCAGACACAUGCUAUAGCUAUUCUAUAUACACACCUAGAGAGAUAGAGAGCGUUCGCAAGCAGCCGAAACUUAUCCGUGUUUAUGUAUAAAUAUCAUACUACACUCUACACUUAUAUUUUACAUAGGAAAAAAUGGUCUAUACAAUUUAGUUCAAAUGUACACGCAACACUUUCAUUUUAUUUUACCCAUAUUUAACCUUAACCCGCUACAACAGACAACAGACACCGUUAAGCUAAGGAAGUUCUGUAUUCGAGAUGUAGAUCUUAAUGUAAAAUAUAUUACAUAAAAACGUGCCGUGUUUGGGCGACGUUCCCUCAACGUAAACCUCAACCACAAACUCCCAAACCCAGUUGCAACCCAGGGCCGGGCCUAUCCUAAUAUAUCAUUUAGUUUCCCCGAUAAGCAACAGAUGUAAUUACGAAAGCCUCCAAUCCCUACUCAUGAUUGAUUGUUGUCCAGGAGCAGUCCUUGUUUUUGUCAGUUACGAACAUACAAUAUAUAUUCGGUAGGCAUAGGCAUGUAGGGACGAUAGGCGACGUUAGUUUUUGGGACAGCCACAGCAACCGCAACUUCGACUGCAACGUAGCAGGCAACACAAAUUCAAAUGAAAAUGAAAUGUAAAUUAUAAAGUAAACUAGAAUAUUAAAGAAUAAACCAUAGAAACCAUUAAUGUACGUAUGAAAAGGUUUCCACAGCACCAUGAAAAGUGUCCCCCGACUUUGGGAAUAACUUUCUCGCAUAGCCAAUUUAUAUUUAUAUUUGGAGCUCUACUCUUUUGUUGCAUCCCGCCAGGAAUUGAAUUGGUUCCAUAUCUGAAUAUGUUCAACAUUCAAUAUAAACUAAACUAAAAUGAAACAAAAACCGAAACAAAAGCCUAAACUGAAAUGAAUAACGCGUACUGAGAAGCUAAACGCUGCCACAAUAAAUGUAGAUCCAGAGAGGAGAUCUAAGAACAAUAGAUUAUACGAAUUAUGUACUUUGAUUAUAUUCUGUUUUCAGUUGUGUUUCCCCCCUUUAUUUUCCAUCUGAACCAUCGUUUAUGUUUUCUUUUCUUUGCAUGAAAAUGAAGAGAGUAAAAAUGAAAUAUAUACUAUAAAGAAAAAGAUAACGAAAAUUACGAUGUCAAAUAUAAUCAAAAGGUGCUUUGAAUUGUUUAAAAAGACAAGACAACUACAAAAUAAAAUAAAAUUAAACAAAACGAAAACAAAACAAAAAAAAAAAACAGAAAUAAACCCAAAAGAAAAAAAAAGGAAACGAAAAACUAUUGAAAACGAAAGCAACUAAAACCUAAAACAUUACUUAUAAUGGUUAUGAAAGAAUAUUUAUAUAAACUAAAAGUAAAUACCUCAGAAGCAAUUAUUUUUGUUACAAGCAGCUGAUAAAAAGGGAGCAGGAAGUGCAGAGUGCGGGGUGCAAAGUGCGAAGUGAAGCGAAGCGAAUAAAGAACUUAACAAAUGAUGAAAACUACCAACUAAAGUACAGAAAAUGAAAACUAUUAAAAGAUAAUAAUAAGGAAUCAGAAAGGAGAGAGAUGGAGAGAGAGAUAGAGAGAGGAAAGCAGAGAUAUUUGUAUGAAGAUACAUUAAUAAUGCAAAUCAAGUACGAGUAUAUAUAAAUACAUAUAUUUUAUUCAUUGUACAACUUAUUUACUUGUGUGUUUUGGUUUUGUUUACUGCUAAAUGUACUACAUAUUUUGUAUUUCAUUAAACAAUCUUUUUUUUUCUAUAUA